GCUCCGCCGCCGUCCCGUUCCCCUCUGAAGAAGGAACCUAGCGGAGGUUACGUAGGCUUCGGGUGUACGGGCUCGAGGGGAGGGAGCGGUGGCGUCUUUGCUCCAGGUGCACUUGAGGCCAACUUUGCUUGGGGGAGCGAAGACGCUCGUCUGCCUUAGUGGUGUGGCUGGGAGUGUUGCAGAAUUCUAGCCUUUUAUCCAGGCAGAGGAAGAACAAGCGGUACUUCAGGAAUGGGCUGUUUUGUGUUUAAGCCAAACUUCAAGAAGAGAAAGAUCUCUGUCCCAGUAGAGAACUAUUUUAAUAAAGGGAAAAAUGAAUCUGAGGACAGUAAGCUGCGAUUUGAAACUUACCAGUUGAUGUGGCAGCAGAUGAAAUCUGAAACUGAGCAACUACAAGAGGAAUUAAAUAAAAACCUGUUUGAUAGUCUAAUUGAAUUUCUGCAAAAGGCUCAUUCUGGUUUCUGGAAGAAUUCAAGAGACUGGGGCUGUCAAAUAAAACUCAGAGAAAUUCCAACUGCUGCUCUUGUUAUAGGUGUGAAUGUAACAGAUCAUGAUUUAACAUUCAGAAGUCUCACAGAAGCCCUUCAGAAUAAUGUCACACCAUAUGUAGUCUCAUUGCAAGCUAAAGAUUGUCCAGAUAUAAAACAUUUUUUGCAAAAACUGGUCUCCCGGUUGAUGGAUUGCUCUAUAGAUGUAGAAUCCAAAGAGGAGGGAAAUGUUCAGCUCACCCAGAAAAAGCCACAUUGUUCAAUGGAUUCACUUACCAGUUGGUAUAAGAGUGCCACGCAGAAGACAGACCCAAAAUUACCAAGGAAAAAGAGGACUACUUCUAGCCAAUGGCAAUUUCCUCCUGUUGUUCUUAUCUUAAAGGAUCUGGAAAGCUUUACCACAAAAGUACUCCAAGACUUCAUAAUUAUUAGCAGUCAACAUCUACAUGAAUUUCCACUGAUACUCAUUUUUGGAAUCGCCACAUCUCCUAUUAUCAUCCACCGGUUGCUUCCUCAUGCAGUAUCAUCUCUACUGUGUAUUGAACUAUUCCAGUCUUUGUCUUGCAAGGAGCACCUGACUACAGUACUUGAUAAGCUACUUCUUACAACUCAGUUUCCCUUUAAACUAAGUGAGAAAGUGUUACAGAUUCUGACCAACAUUUUUUUGUAUCAUGAUUUCUCAAUUCAGAACUUUAUAAAAGGACUUCAGCUUUCUCUAUUAGAGCAUUUCUAUUCUGAGCCUCUUAGUGUUCUGUGCUGUAAUCUUGCUGAAGCCAAAAAAAGAAUAAAUUUUUUAUCAGAUAACCAAUGUGAAAAUGUCCGACGUCUUCCAUCGUUUAGGAGGCAUGUGGAAAAGCAAGCUUCAGAAAAGCAAGUUGCACUGUUGACCAAUGAGAGAUUUUUGAAGGAGGAAAUACAGUCAUUAUUAGAAAACUUGCAUAUUUACCAUACGAAUUACUUCCUGGUUUUGAGAUGUCUUCAUAAGUUCACCUCUUCUCUUCCGAAGUAUCCAUUGGGUCGACAGAUCAGAGAGCUGUACUGCAUGUGUUUAGAAAAGAACAUAUGGGAUUCAGAGGAGUAUGCUUCAGCCUUGCAGUUCUUGAGCAUGUUGGCAAAGGAUGAACUGAUGACCAUUCUUGAGAAAUGUUGCAAGGUUUUUAAGUCUUCUUCUGCAGUGCAGCUUGACAGCACAGCAAAGAGAAUAGAGGAAUUCUUGGUCCAGUUUCAGAGCCUUGAUGCAGAAGCCAAAGAGGAAGACGAUACUUCAGGGUCACAGUCGAAGGGACUUCAGAAGACAGACCUCUAUCAUCUUCAGAAGUCCUUAUUGGAAUUGAAGGAGUUAAGAAGAACAAGUAAGAAGCAGAGUAAGUUUGAAGUACUCAGAGAAAAAGUUGUGAACUUCAUUGACAGUCUGGUAAGAGAAUACCUUCUGCCUCCAGAGACACAGCCACUGCAUGAGGUGGUAUACUUCAGUGCUGCCCACAUCCUUCGUGAACACUUAAAUGCGGCUCCACGAAUUGCCCUCCACACAGCACUCAACAAUCCUUAUUAUUAUCUCAAGAAUGAAGCAUUGAAGAGUGAAGAGGGCUGCAUUCCAAAUGUUGCCCCAGACAUCUGCAUAGCAUAUAAAUUGCAUCUUGAAUGCAGCAGGCUAAUCAACCUUGUGGACUGGUCAGAGGCUUUUGCAACAGUUGUGACAGCUGCUGAACAAAUGGAUGCAAAUUCUCUAACCUCAGAAGAAAGGAAUGAAAUUAUUCAUGCUCGGUUUAUUAGAGCUGUUUCUGAAUUAGAACUUUUAGGAUUUAUAAAACCUACCAAACAGAAGACUGACCAUGUGGCAAGGCUAACUUGGGGAGGCUGCUAGAAAGCAAAUUAGUGAAGCUAGAAGGAUCAUAUUUAUCUUAAGAAAAAAAGGAGAUCAGUCAUAUUUACCACCACAAAAGAAUAACUGUUUGGCAAGAGAAAUGUGGAAUCCCCAUCUGAUGUUUAAACAGAAGGUAGAUUGCUAACCCUAAACAGGAAUAUAUCAAAAUUUUUGAGGUACUUUAGAAUCUAACAAAUAACAUUCUUACAUUAUAUCUAAAAUCUCUUCUACCUUAUCACUUAUCAUUUUAGUAAUCAUUAAAUUAUGAGUAAAUCAUUCUUGAAAAUACAUAGUAUAUAAAUGUAAUAAAUUCCUUUAUCCAGAAGUAUAAAA